CCCACCGACCAAUCAAAAUCUUAUCCUGGAGAAAAUGGUGAGUUUGUCUGGCAAUUGAAAAAGGAGAAAGUUGACUGGAGAAGCACACAAAUCGCCGACGAUGGCCUCCGCCGCCUGUGCUGUCUAUCUAUCGCACCGGCCCUUCUACUCACAAACGGUUAGACGCUUUCAUGCCAUUCACAUCUCCCCAUCUCCAACAUCAUUCACCAUGAAGACCACUCUCAGUUCCUCCAAAACCCUAUCCACUUCCCUUCUAUUUCAUUCCCAUUCCAUAAUUCCUUCUCCGAAGCAUUCCACCUUCACAGUCUUCGCGGCUAAGGGAUACAAGAUGAAGACCCACAAGGCCUCGGCGAAGCGGUUUAGGGUUACGGGUAGGGGAAAGAUUGUCCGUAGGCGAGCGGGGAAGCAACAUCUUCUUGUGAAGAAGAAUAAAAAGAGGAAGCUGAGGCUAUCCAAAAUGCAUGCAGUGGACAGGAGUGAUUAUGAUAAUGUAAUUGGUGCGCUCCCAUACCUUAAAGUGAAUCGUCAAGAAACCUGAAGCCUUACCCACCUGACAAAGAAUCAACUCAAAAGAUCGGUUUUGUAAUAUUUUAUCCAAGUAAUUUAUUUUCAAUUUGGAUGCUAGUAAUUGUUCUACAUGUAAUUGCUGUAUCUUUAUAUGUUAAAAGAUUUAUUUUCA